AUCUUACAACCAGAACUUUAUUACCCGGCAUGAAACUUGGUGAAAUUACUAAUCUUGGUGGUGAUUUGUGUGGCAGUUCUUAUGUUGACCGUGAAUUCCUUAAGUUCCUUGGCCGAAAAUUAGGAUUCGCUGCAAUGAAAAAACUAAAAGAAAAUCACUAUGAACAAAUGCAAUAUUUGAUCCAACAAUUUUGUUCAAGAGUAAAAUUAUCAUUUAACGGAAAUCCUAACGUAUAUAUAACAAAGGAAUUAGAUAUUGAACGUAUAUGCCCUUCAUUAAUGCAGUAUGUUAUCGGUCAGGCUAGAGAACAAAUGGAAGAGGCUGAAUGGUUGAUCUAUUUAGACUUUAAAACUGUGAAAGAUAUGUUUGAUUCCGUUGUUAAGAAGAUUAUUGAUUUGAUUCAAAGGCAUCUUGCGUCGACUCAAUGUAGAUAUGUAGCUAUGUUUUUAGUAGGAGAUUUUAGCGAAAGUCAAUACUUGCAAACUCAAAUCCAACGACAGUUUACAACACAAAUCCCAUUUAUUGCUGUUCCUAAACAGCCUAUGGCAGAAUAUGGUCUAAACAUUGUAGUUUUAAGAUACUGUUAUGGCAUAGAAGUAAGCGCAGAAUGGGAAAAACACGAUCCACCGGAACGUUGUACACCUUCUGGCCAUAUAUUCCGAUUUCAUCGAUUGGUAUCAAGAGGUACUGAAGUUUCCAUCGAUCAAAUUUUCUACUAUACGUUUGCAGUAGACCCGAAUCAAACUGAUAUGGCUAUUAACGUAUUCACUACAAUGGAUAACAACGCGAAGUAUUGCGACGAGGAUGGAAUGAAGAUGUUGGGAAAUAUAAAAAUUGAUUUUUUAAAAGAACAAAAAAAAUUGUUGGGGUUUACUCUAAAAAAAAAAGCGGUGGAAGUGGAAUUCACUCUGGCAUUUGGUGAUGCAGAGAUUAUUGAUAGGGCAAUUAAUAAAAAGACUGGGAAAAAUCUGGGUAGUUUUAUGAGAAAAAUUUCUAAUUUUUAA